UUGAGUGAGAACAGGAUUGCAGAAGAGAAACAAAAUGUAAAAAAAAAACAUUUUGUUUAUCUGAUAUGUUGGAUUUUUGUAGGUGGAUAAACUCAAAGAAAACUUGGUGAAGGAAAAAGCAGAAUUGGUUAAAACCUCGACAAGUAAUGAAGAAGCACAAGUACAACAAAGACAUCAAUUGGAACUUGAGAAGAAUGCAACUGUUCUCAAAAGUUUGUUUUUGAAAAUUUGUACUUGAUUCAUAUUUUGAUUCAAUCUAUUGCAGCGCAAGAACUUGCAAACUCAUUCCAAAAUCGUGCCUCAAUUUUGAAUCAAAAUCAUCAGAAAGGAAUUGCAUCGAUGAUUCAAGCGAUUAAAAAUGAUGAGAAUCAAGGAUCGCAAAGAGACAAUCUAUCAAAUAUUCGACAAAAAUCUGGAAACAUCAAAAGAAAUGUUAUGGUUUUGUUCCACAAGUUCGAUGUGCCGAUCAAAAUGAAAAGUAUUAAUGGGUUGAAAAAAUCUGCUAAUUUGGCACGGGUAAGAAAUGGGAGUUUUGAAUUAGACUGUAUUUAGAAUCGGGCCAUGAAUUCGAACUGAUUUUGUAAGAUGUCUUUAGCGUAUCUUAAUUUUCAGUUGACUAUUGAAACAUUGGGAGCUGAUAUUCUUGGACUCACAAGAUAUUUGUCAAACUUAGAGCAGGACGAUGAGAGGAAGGAGAAAGCGAAACUUGCGAAUGGAUUGUUACAAAUUGUUAAUGCGACUUUGUCAAGAUUUAAUAUUUUUAUUGAAAAUCGAGCGGUCAGUGAAUGAUAAAAAUCGCAAAAUUCAAUACUAUUUCAAAUGUUUUUUUUUCAGGAUUUGGAUUCCGAUUCAUUUGCAGAUUUGAUAAAAAGCUUGAACGAACUUAUUGAGCAUACAAAUGAACUCGAAGAAAUGAUCGAAUCAAUUCCUGAUAUUGUUAUUGAUAGCAAUUUUGUGAAUGUCACAUUACAAUUGACUGAGCAAAUCAGUGGAAUGUUUAAUUCAGAAAAUGCGAUUGAAAACUCAACAAAAAUUGAGGAAAUUGAGGAAGUUUCAAAGAAAGAAGAAGAAGAAAAAUAA